AAGUUAUCAAUGUUGUUUAAGUCCUUCCCCAUUUAAAUCACAAAAUAAAUCAAAUAAUCUUCUUCUCUCUUCUUCAAAUCAAAUCAAAUCAAACUGUACAAACUUCAAGCAAUACAUACUUGGUGACUUUAAAUCCGAGUACAUAACACUUCUCAUCAGAUCACACUUCUUCUCAAUCUCUCUCUCUUUCAUUUUCGAAACCAAUCAUCAGAUAUCAUCAUAUCACAACCAAGAUAUCAUCAUUCAUCAUAAACUAUCAUUCAAAUGGUUUAUUCAUCUCAUUCUUUACUACCUCAUCAUCAUCAACAACAACAACAACAACAACAACCUCUUCUCUCUUCUACAUCUAACCUUAAUUCAUCUCCUACUCCUUCUUCGACUACUGCUACUCUUAUCUUUUCAAGAAGAAGACAUCGUUCUUGGUUGAACUAUGCUCUACUACUCUUACUUCUCAUCGUUCUGGGUACUAUCAUCGUCUUAUCAACAGCAAACGCAUUAUUCGGUAUCCAUACUGUCGAUCUCAUCACAUCCCAAGACCUAGAAUCAUCACUCAUCCCACCCACUUCUCCCAACUCAUUACCCACCACCACCACUACCACCACCACUCACACCAUCCAAAACACAUUGAUUCCAAAAAUCAUUCAUCAAACUUGGAAAACAGAACGGAUUCCAGAUAGAUGGUUACCUGUUCGAGCUACUUGUGCUGCUUUACAUCCUGAUUGGGAGUAUGUGCUUUGGACCGAUCAGAGUGGUAGGGAAUUGAUUAUUCAACAUUAUCCUUGGUUUUUGAAAACUUUUGAUGGGUAUCGUUAUCCGAUCCAAAGAGCCGAUGCGGUACGAUACUUUGUCUUACAUCAAUAUGGAGGGGUUUAUAUGGAUUUGGAUAUCGGUUGUGUAAGACCUAUGGAUAGUUUGAUCUCGAAUCCUUUGUUCGAUUUGCUUUUGCCUCAGACUAUACCGGUGGGAGUCUCAAAUGAUUUGAUGUUUAGUUCUGCUCGUCAUCCGUUUAUGGAAUAUGUGAUUAAUCAUCUUCAAUACUUUGAUCAUGAUUAUUUCUUAAACUAUCCAACGGUCAUGUUCUCGACUGGACCCAUGGCACUUUCGGCUCUUUAUUCUCAAUUCAGAUCAUCUCCAACGAACCAACUAACGUCCAAACCUAUCCGAAUCCUUCCACCAGAACUGUACGGCAAGAACCUUCCAGCCACAAACACUCCUUCCUCAGCUUUCUUUGCACAUUACUAUGGAUCAUGUUGGCACACAGAUGAUGCAGGCUUUAUAGUCUGGUUAGGCAAAUUUGGAAUGCUUUGGUUGUAUGGAGCCAUUGGAGUCUUGGGAUUCUGGUUGAUCCGAUUCGGUCUAAGAUCGUUUAGAUCAUUUAUGGAAGAUGGAAGAUUGAAUGGAACUCAUCGGUCUAGAAACCAUUCGCAUAGGAGAAGACGCUUGUUUAUCAGAUCAUCCUCUUCGAGAUCGGGUUCUAGUUCUCCUAGGUUUGCUGAUGUCUUGUUGUUACCGGUGACUUGGUUGGAGGAAAAGAGAAGGAAAUCGGUUUUUCAAAGUAAUGAACCUAGGUGUAAGUGUUGUGGUGGAUGGACAAGUAGUUCUGAGUCCGGAUUACCGGCCUACGAAUCACAUACUCCUACUACUGAGGAAUGGCAAGUAGAGGAAGAAGAUUUGUUUCUUUCUCCUUCGUCGGUGUCUUCUCCUUUACCGUCUCCUACUCUUCAUCCUUACCAAUCUCAUCAUCAUCAAUGUAGAUCAUCACCUAUACAAAAAGCGUUUUAUAAAUUGGCUGAAUUGACAGGGGUGAGUACGAGUGCUGGGAAUGGAGCAACGGGAGGAAAUGGAGCAGGAGCAGGGGGAACGGGAAAUGGAAAUGGGGGAAGUUUGGCUGGGGUGGAGGUUUUGGAAUUGGGUGAUCAUGGGAAUUUGAAUUCGGUUAAAUCUGAUUAAGGUAUUUAUCAGUUGGAUGGGUUUAGGAGUUUAGGAUUUGUGGAGUUUGGAAGUUGUCGUGGUGGUUUUUCUUUUUUCGUUUUUUUUUGGUAUACGUGAUUUUUCUUUGAGUGAUGGGUUGGUUUUAAUCAUUGGAUGUGGGGUUUUUUUACAUGGAUGAGUUUUUUUCUUUUGCUGGAAGUUGUGGGGGUUUCAUGAGAUGAAAGGUGUGGUACUGGAGUAUGAGUGAAGAAAUAGAAGUUUAUGAAUGUAAAUUGGUCACGGUUUUGGAUGGGUUUUGGAUUUGUUACACUUUUAGAGCUUUUAUGAUGGGUUAUGUUUUUUUUUUUGUUUUGUUGUUUUUCUUUCUUCUUUUUUUGAAAUUUGCUUUUGCUUUGCUUUUGCUUUGUUUCAAUUGUUUUGUUUUGUUUGGUGCUUUUGUUUCAACUGUUUUGUUUGUGUUAUUGUUUUUGCUUUUGUUUGUGAUUUUUUGUGAUUUUGAUUGUGUAUGUUUUUUAGAUAUAUUUAGUUUAGUUCUUUUUCAAGUUAUUUAUUAAUUGAUUUUUUUUGAACACUUUU